UAAAGUCACUGGUUUUCUCUGUGGACUUUGGUGUGUGAGAGUGAGCGGUUUAUAACAGUGCGAUAACGACGUGAUCACGUUCUUCAAACAUCGCAGACUAACGUAGUUUUCUCAGCAGCAGGGGGCGCUCACGGCAAAGAUACGUGAGAUCCACAAAUACCAACUUCCUGUGAGUAUUUGUAAUUGUACGUGAUGUCAUGAAGUGCUGAUUGUUCAUGUUUUCAUCAGAAGAGUUCAGGUGUGUGGUCUCAUGGACGUUACUCAUCAUCUUGACUCACAGACACGUCUCUUAUGUCCUCUCAGUGUCCUCGUGCUCCCGUCUCUCUGUGCGUUUACAUCUCCUGUCUUCCCGACACCUUCUGUCUGCAGGAAAGUCUUUGUCCACAACUUCGUCCUGUCAUGUCUCACAAGUACCCGUACAUGCCGCCGCCCUCAGACACCAACCGCAGGCCUGAUCCUGGACCGCACCGCUCUUCAGAACCUCGCCGCCACGCCUCACAGGACCGUGACGCUCACCCGUCGUCACAGGAACCCUCCUCUUCCUCCUCCAGGGGCGGGGCUCCGUGGUCCCAGGACAGCGCUCUCCACAUCCUGAGCAGCUGCGGUCUGGAGCCCGGCGAUCUGGCUCUGCUUGCCGAGCUGCCCGAGGACGUCCUCACUGUGGACACGCUGCCUCACGUCCUCAAUCAGAUCAAAGGCAAGAGAGGAACGCUCAAACCUUUCUCCUCUUCCUCCUCCUCUCAUGCUCCUGGCUCCGCCCACCCACCCACCCCCCGCGGCUGGGAUCAGCUCCGCACUCUGCCCGUCCGGUACCCACUGGGUCAGGCCACGCCCACUCCUCUUCCAUCUGAGCUUCAGGAGAACUGGGUGAAUCCUGGAUCAUCAUCAUCACUGUCAUCUUCGUCUUCCAGCUUCAUGGUGGACUUUCACCACAGACCAGGACCCUCUGAGUAUGGUAAGACAGGCAGAGCAGGUCCAGGAUCUUCUCGGGAGCGAGCAGGCGUCCACAGGUCCACACAUCCGUCCACACGUCUGUCCCACGUCUCUGCGUCUCCAUCAGCGCCUGCUCCUCCUCAGGAGUACCGCCCUCAUCCUCACAGGACACGCCCCAAGGCUGACGCCUCUUCCGUCAGGAACAGAUGGCACCCCGCUGCCUCUAGCCCCGCCCCCCCUGCGUCCGCCCCUGCCCUCACACCGUCCAGGAAAGAAGCUCUGGACUUCCACGGGACGCCACCGCAGGUGUUCCCGUACUCGUGCUCUCUGUGUGAUAUCACUGUGCUGUCGGAGAAGAUUUGGAUCAGUCACACAAACAGCAGCAGCCAUGCAGAGGGUCAGCUCAACCUGCUGCAGCGGUGUCCUCAGUGGGACUGUCGUCUGGUCAGCAGGUGUGACAGCCAAUCAGAGACGAGGACGGUGGAGGAGAGCCCCGCCCCGCCGCCGCAGACAGCCAAUGACACUCAGAAGCCGCGGCUGAAGAAACCUCCUCAGAAGAAGGCGUCAGACAGGAGUAAAGUGGUGUGUGUGAAGUUUGCCGCUCAGGCCGUGGACGAGACGUAUCUGAGGAACCUGACGCAGCCGUUUGGAAAAAUCGUCAAAAUUCUCAUGUUUCCAUCGCUGGCGUUCGUGGAGCUCGGCUCCAACGAUCAGGCCAAAGAUCUGGUGAAGUUCCACGUCAGUUCUCCUCUGACUGUGAAGGGACAGAAGGUGGAGUUCAGCCUCUCCAACACAUUCAACUUCCUGCAGAGUUCAAAGGUCAUCAGCUUCAGUCCAGCUCCAAAAGGAGACAACGGUCAAUCAGAUCUGCUCAGUGUGGUCAAACGCUUCGGUCCUCCACUCUACACUCUGUUCCUGCCGUCCAAGGCGUUUGUGGAGAUGAAAAAUGCAGCUGAUGCUCAGAAGCUGGUGGAUUAUUAUUCCUCUAACUCUCUGAGGGUCAACAACCACCUCAUCACAGUCUGCUUCUCUGGAGAAUACAACAGCCUCAUGCGCGUCACCUCAGCCAGGAAGUACGAGGAGGAAACACCAGUGAGCAAGAGGACGAGGACGAGGAGUCGCAGCCCAGAGAGCGAGGACAAGACAGAUGGCAAGAGGACGAGGAGGUCCAGGUCCAGAGAUGGAUCCAGGUCCAGAGAGAAGAGGUCAGGGUCUAGAGAUGAAACCAGGUCCACAAAUACAUCUAGCAGAAACAGGCGGUCCAGAUCCAGGUCAUGUGGGUCCAAGACCAGAGAAACGAAGGUGGAACCAGAGAAACCAGAGACCCAGACCAGGACUGAUGCUGGACCAGGUCCUGUCCCAGACUCCAGACCUGAACCUGAACCUGCAGAGACGCAGCAGAGUGAAGAAGAAGAAGAGUCAGAGGACGAGAGCGACAUCGAGGGGAUGGAGGUGAUCGGAGAGGACGACGAGGACGAGGACGAGGAUGAGGAGGACAAACACUAGAAGGAGGACAUGGACACAGAGAAGAAGGAGAAAGACAUGGACACAGAGAAGGAGGAGAAAGACAUGGACACAGAGAAGAAGGAGAAAGACAUGAACCCAGAGAAGGAGGAGAAAGACAUGAACACAGAGAAGGAGGACGACACAGAUUUCUUCUUGGACCUGGAGAACUGCAUCACUCUGGACGAGCUAGAGGACGAAGAAGAGAUCGCGGAUGAACCCGAGUCCUCGUCCACCAGGGUGGUUUUCUUCAAGAACUUGCCUCAGCGUUUCUACACAGACGAAGACUUCGUCAGACUGGUGGACAGUUUGGGGACGGCGACGCGUUACUUCCUUCUCCGUCGUCGGGGACAGGGUUUCAUUGAGAUGUCCACGUCUUCAGACGCAGUCAAAGUCGUCCGAGACCUGAACUGCACGCUUUUCCAUGGAUCCAGACUCGACGUCAACGUGUCCCACAAAUACAACAGACUCACCAACGGGUUUGACGUUCAGCUGGACUCAAACCAGGUGAACCGGAGCCAAUCACAGGGUCGAGGCAGCACAAGGAGCAACGAGGGGACACGAGAGUCUGGAUCCAGGAAGGCUCCAGAGCGGGAGUCUGGAUCCAAGAAGGCUCCAGAGCGGGAGUCUGGAUCCAGGAAGAUUUUGUCAGAAACCACACAUCCUGCAGAACAGAAUUGGACAGAUGGGUGUCCAGACAAUGAGAAGACGAGUGAGGACGCUGUGGAAAGUGAACAGGAAUCCACAAAGAAAGACUCCAGAGAGAGUCCUGGUCCUGAAGAGGAUCAGGAAUCGGAGAAGAAUCCAGAUCCGCCACAAACUGAACAGGAGGCUGCACCUGUGGGUGGCGCCGCUGAGCCGCAGAAACCCUCCAAACCCGUCGGGUCAAAGUUCGUGCGUCCGGUCGUCGCUUAUCUGUGUUCGCUGUGUGACGAGAUCUACGCCGACGAGGACGAGGCCAAACUGCAGCACUGCAGCAGCCUGACGCACUACAGGAAGUACCAGGAGAAAACGGGACUCGAUCCGUGGACGAGCUGAGACUGAAGCUAACGCUGUACGUUGUUUUAAAGACUACAUUACCCAGAAUCCCCGAGGACAGACUCGUCCUGUUCAUGACAAAGUCACGUUACAUUUAUUUUGUAAAAAACAACAACAAAUAAAAGUCCUAAAAGUCAA